UCCUGUGUACCUAUUAUAAGAGUCCUGUUUACCGUUAGGAUAGCCGUGUAGGAGAUAAUUUAUCAUACCACUAGGUAUUAUUGAUAAAAAUACUAUACAUCUGAUACUACGAUCAGUGAAUCUAUAUACUCCUAAUGCUAUAAAAGUGGAAUAAGUUAUUUGUAAUAUUAUGGUUGGAUCUAUAUAGUCCUAAUACUAUAAAAGUGGAGUUAUAUGUAAUUAGAUACUGUGACUAUUACCUGCGACAUUACGAUCAGCAGAUCUAUAUACAUGUAGUACUAACACUAUAAGAGUGGAAUAAGUUAUAUGUAAUUAGAUACUGUGACCAAGAAAAUGUAAUAUUCAAUUCCUUGCUGUGACGACUACCUGCAAAUUAUAUGUUCUAAAAUGUUUCAUUCAUUCAUUAUAUAAUAGUGAAGAACAAUUAUACCACAUAGAACUUAUUGAAGUAUGAAGUGUUUAACUAAAAUAAGACAAGAGAGUGUUAAAGGUUAUAUCGUUAUUUGACUUAUAUGGAUAAAUAACUCGUAAAUACUAUUCAAUCGUAAAUACUAUUCAAUCGGAAUAAUAAUUAACUUAUUAUAAAUUUUACCAUAAAAGUGGAAUCACAUAGUGUAUCAUAAAGUGAUAGAAAAUAUAAUUGUGAAAUUGAGAAUUGUGUUUUCUUUACAGUAGAUUAACCAUGUGUUAUCUGAUAAAAGAGUCAACCUAAAAGUACUUUAUCUCACCAGAGUGAUUUUAUCCUGAUAACCUGGCGCACCAAAAUGUACAAGGUCAGGUUCACUUACAUGUAAAUACUGAACAAGAGGGAAUCGUUUUUUACAGACUUAACUUACGUCAGGAAUAAUAACAAGGACAUCCAUGUUGUGUUUAUAGGUGCAGUACAAUUCAUUAUGAUGCAAGUUAACAAUUCAAAUGAGACUCUUUUAAGAACUUUACAAGAACUGAAUGAUGCCGAAGCUAAACAAAGAUUACCGACAGUGAUAUACCUAUCUAUACUGGUAACCGUUGGUAUACUGGGUAACAGUAUCAUUUUAUUAGUUUAUGGAUGCAGAUACAAACCUACAAACUUUCGAUGUUAUAUAUUGUGUUUAGCUGUAUUAGAUUUAACAGCAUGUUGUAUUUCUAUCCCGUCUGAAAUAGUCGACAAUGCUUUCCCAUACAUGUACUAUAGUGAAGGAUUUUGUAAAUUUUCUCGUUUUACUGGAGAUGUUGCUAAGUUAGGAUCUGCGUUUGUUCUGACAGUGAUGGCCGCUGGACGAUAUAGGAGAAUUUGUUUUCCGUUCAGUGAAGAAAUGUCUCUUAAAAUGGCAAAAAUGUGUUGUUUCUUUGCAAUCUCAUUCUCAAUACUGCUAUCAUGGCCUACUGCUAUUAUCCAAGGACAAAAGGUUAAACGUUUUCCAGGAAAUAUAACAGGUUAUGACUGUUCUACAGAUGAUGAUGUUAGAAACACCAAAUACCCAUUCAUUCAAGCUACAUUAUUAUUUUUCAUUUUUGUGCUGAUUUUUGGAAUUCUAAUAUACCUGUAUGCUAAAAUAAUUUGGGAAUUACGGGACCAUUUUAGAAUGAAUCGGCUUCUCAAAAUUGAGAAUGGUAAUAACGGUAAGAAAAGAACUAAACAUACAGUGACAAAGAUUUUCUUAUCGAUAACUGUUGCAUACGUUAUAAGUUACAUUCCUCAUUUAACGUUAAAUGCUAUUACUACAUUUAUCCGUGGAGACAUUUUCCCACCUAGUCCAAUCGUACUUGGAACAUUACCACUUCUGUUCAGAUCUUAUUUUGUUAAUAAUGUUGUUAACAUAUUUGUAUAUUAUGUAGGAGAUGCUAGAUUUAGAAGACAUUGUAAAAAGUUACUGCAAAUUGUAAUAAGUAUAAUUUGUCGUAAGAAACUGCAUAAGGAAUUGAACAUUGAUUCAACAGAAAUCAUGUCACUCGGAUAAUCAGUUUUUAAUGUCAUUAUUUAUAUAUUAAACUUUUAAUUCUAUCAAAGCUUGUCAACAGUGUAAAUAUUCAAGCCAUGGGCUGAAAAUACCAGGUGCUAAAGGACUUAUAAGACUGUGAUUUAGAAAAGUGCAUUCUGAAGGAUUGACAACUUUGUUUUUUUAUAAGUUUUUAUCAUAGUUUAUGCAAGUAAUAUUUUACCUGGAUGACAGCUGUAUAAAUGUGGUACAACUCUUUUCUUAUCUCUAAAAACCACUACAUCUAUUUAACUUUACACAUUCUUGUCACUGACGAUCCUUAGUUUCAUAAAACUUAAAAGUUUUCUUAUGCUUAGGAAUAUAAUUAUUCUUUAAAAUUAAACACCGAUAAAUGAUUACAGAAUAUAGUAAGUGUUCACAGAGCACUCUUUAAGGUUUACAUAACAAAAUCAACAUUUCUGCUCCAUUUUUUUCAUAAUAUUCAGAUUCUCUUUUAAACUUUUUAUCAAAUAGAAAUGUAUUCCAAAAUGGUUUAUGAAAGUUUUUUAAGAUUGAGUGGUUUUCAAAGAGAUAAAUCAUUUUGUAUGCUUAAUCAGAAGAAUGAUAAAGUGACAAUUACAAUUGACUCUGACUCUUACAUUUCAAAUACAGCAACGUGGCAAUUAAUACCUUUAAUAUACAUGUAUUACAAAAUAGUUAAAAAAAAUCACUCAUUUAAAAUUUCAUACAAAUUAACUUCUGUGGAAUAAUUGUUUUUCUGUGAAAUUAAUUUCUGUGGAAUUCAUGGGUCAGGGCUACGAAUUUAAAUUUUCAAAAAUUACAAAUUUUCUAAAGGCUUGUAACCUUUCUUGAUAAAACCAUUUUAAAUCAAAUUUCCAAGAAAACACUGCUUUACCUCAAAUUGGUAACCCUGAACAAAAAUUGAAUCCAUAGUAGUUAAUCUGUUCAAAACUCCUCCUCAUUUGCUAAUAGAUUAAUCAAACACUACAUGGCUAUUGUGGUCAGUUUUCAAUUUGAAUGACCAUACAGCUGCCUUAUAUAUUUCAAAGGAGACAAGAAAUUCUGUUUUUACAACAUUGAAUAUUCUUAGAAAGAAAGUAGUCAUAAGUAAUGACCACCUGCUUAUUUUUAUGAAUCUAAGUAUUUUUUAUAUUUUCUGUGAGUUAAGUAAUGGAUUUUGUUGAUAUUAUUCUGUAAUGAAUAUUUGUGAUAUUUUUGUUUGAUCUCAUUUUUGUUGUUUUUGACCAAUAAAUGUUUUGUAUUGC